CAUAAAUAAUCAAUGAGAGGCUAUUAAUAUUCAUGAGUGAGAAUCUGUGUAGUCAUGUGCACUGAUGCAGAGACAGGGGGAGUGUUGCCAUGAACUGAGUCGAAACUCUGUGUGUAUACGUGAGUGUAAGAUAGUUAGGGAAAGGGAAGAAGAGCAUGCUGCUACACAGUGCCCUGCCUGGUGCUUCCCGCGCACAGUGGUGUGUCUGUGUUUCUGGGCUGGAGUGACUGAUGAAAAACAGUAGUCAAGUCUGGAGGGUGAUUCCCUGUCAGUGCAUUUGCCUUCCAGUGCUGGGGAAAUUAGAGGCUUUGCUCCUGUGUUUCGUAUUAGAAUGGGCUGCAAUCUGUGCACUUUUCAGAAGAGAGAGGAACACUACAAACUGCUCUAUGAAGUUUCACAGGUCAAUGGGAAGGACCUCUCCAAGGCCACUCAUGAAGAGGCAGUGGAAGCUUUUCGCAAUGCUAAGGAGCCAAUUGUAGUUCAGGUUUUACGAAGAGCCCCAAUUAGCAAAGCUCAUGGUAGCUCUCAGGAUGUACGGCUUGUGGAUGCCUGCACUCAGACUGACAUCACUUUUGAGCACAUUAUGGCUCUGGCCAAACUAAGGCCUUCCACACCUCCUGUUCCUGAUAUCUGCCCCUUUCUGCUUUCAGACAGCUGCCAUUCUCUUCAGCCAGUGGAGCAUGAAUUUUAUGAGGGUAAUGAGUAUCUUUCCAGCCUGCCUGCUGAUGCAGAUAGAGCAGAGGACUUUGAGUAUGAGGAGGUGGAGCUGUGUCGCAUUGGCAGCCAGGAGAAGCUGGGACUGACUGUCUGCUACAGAACCGAUGAUGAGGAAGACACAGGGAUCUAUGUCAGUGAGGUUGAUCCAAACAGCAUUGCUGCCAGAGAUGGACGGAUCCGUGAAGGAGACCGCAUUUUACAAAUUAAUGGGCAAGAUGUCCAGAAUCGAGAAGAGGCAGUGGCAUUGCUCUCCAGUGAUGAAUGCAAGAAAAUUGUGUUGCUGGUUGCAAGGCCAGAACUGCAGCUGGAGGAAGGGUGGCUGGAUGAUGAAAGGAAUGAAUUCUUGGAGGAGCUGAACUUGGAAAUGUUGGAAGAGCAACAUAAUGAAGCGAUGCAGUACACAGCCAAUGAGGUGGAGCAGCCAAAGAAGCAUGAGGAGGAGGAUGGAACUACAGACACUGCAACCUCAUCAUCCAACAAUCAUGAGAAGGACAGUGGGGUGGGACCUACAGAUGAAAGUCUUCGUAACGAUGAGAGUUCAGAGCAAGAAAAUGCACCUGAAGAGCAGAACGGUGCAACUCUGCAGAGCAAACGAGAGCUGGGUCACAGCCAAGACACAUUAGGAAGUGUUGAGCUCCAGUGCAAUGAAAGCUUUGUGUCAGGGGAAUACAUUGAAUCUGAUUUCAUAGGGAACCCAGAGGAGGAGUGUGAAAGAUUUCGACAGCUGCUGGAGCUGAAGUGUAAGAUUCGAAACCACGGGGAGUAUGACCUGUAUUACUCGAGCAGCACAAUAGAAUGCAACAGAAGAGAGCAAGAUGGAGUGGAGCAUGAGCUGCAGCUACUCAAUGAGGAGCUGAGGAACAUUGAACUCGAAUGUCAGAAUAUCAUGCAAGCUCACCGGCUCCAGAAAGUGAGGGAUCAGUAUGGAGACAUUUGGGCUUUACAUGAUGAAGGAUUCAGGAAUUAUAACACCAGCAUAGACGUACAAAGAGGCAAACUGGAUGACAUCUUGGAGCACCCUGAGAAGUCCGACAAGGACAGCUCCAGUGCUUACAAUACGGCUGAAAGUUGCAGGAGCACCCCUCUGACUGUGGAGCGAUCCCCGGACAACUCGCUCCAGCGGAUGAUCAGCAUCACCAACAGGAAAAACCUGAGGAGCACAAUUGUGGCUAAUCAGUCAUCCUCGGGACAAAGCAACAAGGAAACAAUCUCGGUCAAAACCAAACCCACUGAGCAAAACAGCACUGCUGAAGACACAGUGCUGGCAUCAGAAAACAGCAAAUUCACAGACCAGGAAAAGCAGAGCACCGAACACAUUCCCUACCUGUCCCCGUAUCACAGCUCUUCUUACAGGUACGGGAAUAUACCUGCUCAUGCCAAGCAUUAUCAGAGCUACAUGCAGCUGAUCCAGCAGAAGUCGGCUGUGGAGUAUGCCCAGAGCCAGCUCAGCCUGGUGAGCAUGUGCAAAGACUCACAGAAGUGUGCGGAGCCCAAGAUGGAAUGGAAAGUGAAAAUAAGGAGUGAUGGGACAAGGUAUAUCACAAAGAGACCAGUUCGAGACAGAAUUCUAAAGGAACGUGCCUUAAAAAUCAAAGAAGAGCGCAGUGGAAUGACGACAGAUGAUGAUACAAUGAGCGAGAUGAAGAUGGGUCGCUACUGGAGCAAAGAGGAGCGGAAGCAGCACUUGGUGCGAGCCAAGGAGCAGAGGAGGCGACGGGAGUUCAUGAUGCGUAGCAGGCUGGAGUGUCUGAAGGAAAGUCCGCAGAGUGGCAGCGAGGGCAAAAAGGAAAUUAACAUUAUUGAACUAAGUCACAAAAAGAUGAUGAAAAAGAGAAACAAGAAAAUCUUGGACAACUGGAUGACAAUCCAAGAACUGAUGACACAUGGUGCUAAGUCUCCAGAUGGCACAAGAGUGCACAAUGCCUUUUUAUCAGUUACUACUGUAUGAACGCAACUUCUUUCAGAGAGUAUACUACCAGUUUAGGUAGAGUACGAUUGCCUCGUUCAAUGUGGCAUUUUUAUAUAUUUUGUGACUGUUUAUAGUUUGAUCUUUUUUGUAAGCAAAAUUACCUGGUAAUUUUUAAUUUGUUUUUCAUAUAAUGGUACCUGCUUUAUCUGUCAGUCUUUCUUUAUCCUGCAAUAUAUUCGUAUUACUCAUUUGUAGGGGAAAAAAAAAAA